AUGAGACCAGCUACACGUACCAGUAGGCUGAAAGUGGUGGCAGUUCUCGCUUUCGUUUUCACUGUGUCGUUGUCGAAUGCUCUAUCAUCCUUGUCCAUUCCACUGCCCGAUACGUUUCCAAGUCCCAGCAAUACAUUCACCACAGCUUCAGGCCUUCCUGUUUGUCGCUAUGCUCUAGGAGGUGCUGCUCGCAGCACCCAACCAGAGACCCUCCCUUCCCAGUAUUUUGACUGGCUUUUGAACGCGGAAAACUCCAGUGGUAAAAAGCAGUCUGAGUUUCCAUUUGGAGCUCCAUUCUUCUUUUACUACAAUCCUCAUCGGUAUCCAGACUUUCUGAGCGGCAUCCAAGCGCUCUGUUGUCAGAGCAGAGAACAGCGUGAGAACCUUUUCAUUGCUAGUGGUGGUACGGAACGAUCGCCUGCAGAAAUGGAGCAGAGAUUGCAAGAUGCCUUGCAGAAAUGCGGAGGCGAGUACUUGGACCUGUUCGUCUUGGAGUAUGUCUGUUCCUACGAAUGGAAGCGUUCAGACCUCCACGAUGCCAUGGCGCAGGCGCAAGAGUGGAAACGACAGGGUCUUGUACGUCAUGUCGGAGCUUCGACGCAUUCGCAUGAGGUAGGAGCCCUCUUGGCGGCCGAGGAUGCCAUUGAGACAGUCAUGUUGCGCUACAGCAUGUCCCACAAGGACGCUGCCGAACGCCUGUCGUUUCCUGCUUGCGCCCAAUACGACAAACCAGUUCUGGCAUUUACCACAACGAGAUGGAAUCGUCUUCAAGACGGGCAUCAUGAAUGGGACGAUGACGCACCAUCGACGGGGGAUUGUCUGUCAUUUGCCCUUCAAUCUCCUCUAGUCGAAUGCAUAUUGCACUCGGCAAGAGAUGAAGAAGAGCUGGAAGAGGCGUUGAUGGGAUUCCAUCAGAGCAUGUCCAAGGAGAAAGUCGACCAGUGGCGAUCCUAUGGAGACUUGGAUUGGAACUCUGGAGAUGGAUUCGAUGAAUACCCCGAGGAGAGGGAGGAGUGA